AUGAGCUCUUCAAAGCUCUCGAACCUGUCGUGGGCAGAGCUGCGUGACCGGGCUCGCCGCAUUGGCCGUCGUUGGAGCUCCGAGGAGCUGCCGACCGGGAAUGCCACCACAGCAGAAGAGCAACUAUCGGUUGCGCAGGUUAACUCAGGGGAUGACGGCGAGGUGCUAAAAGAGCAUCCGAGCGUGGAAGAGCUUUCGGCCUCCGUUCCGCCAGAGAUGGAGACGAUGAAGGCAGCGAUCGCGGAUGGCGUGGCUGCUGCUGCGACGCCAGCGAUCGCGGAAGACGGAGAAGCAUCGGCAGAAAGCACCGAGGUCAAUGGUGCUGCUGAUCUGCUGUAG